AUGCUGAGUCCUCUCCUUUGUGACGUUAAGGGCGCUUCUCUUCUCCAACGCACUGCCUCCCCCGGCCUGCUCGCCUCAUAUGAGGCAGAGAGAUGGCCAGUGGCCGUGGGGAACACUCAUCUCAGAGUCGCCAACUUUGAAUCCGCUCUGGCUGUCCCCCGCGCUCUGGGUCUUGAGCCCUACGCUGCCAGGUGCGUGCGUCUGUACCCAGUGAUAGGUGGAGGAGUAGAGAGGUGCCCAGUGGCCGUGGGGAACACUCACUGGAGAGGAGGCGACCCUUGUUUGCCAGCUUCCCUUCCUUGUACCUUCCCCAUCUUCCUUCUCUCCUUCCCCUCGUUCAACUCCUCCCCUCACUUUCCCUCACUCCCCCUCACUCCCGCUCAUUCUCCCUACUCCCCUCAUUCGUCUCGUCACCUCAAUCGUCUCUUCCCCUUUGUUCCUCCAUCCCAAAUUUCCUUCCAUCCCUUCCUUUCCCCUCCGCCCAGCUUGUUUUCAGCUGCCCUUUCCUCCUCAACAGCCAAUCAGUUCCUGCCACGUCAGCUCCAGACAACCCUCAUAGAGGCUGGGCUGUCAGCAGGGCGACAGCUGCUGCUCUCUGAUUGGCUGCUGAGCCCAGCCAAUCCCGUGGGAAGGGAGCGGUUGGCAGUGGUGCAGAGGAGUUUGGAGGAGGGGAAGAGCCUGCAGCUGUUGUUUCCACAGCACGACCUGGGAUUCAGGUGGGGAUGGGUGGAAGUGGGUGGGGAUGGGUGGGGAUGGGUGGGGAUGUGUGGGGAUCUGUGGGGAUGUAUGGGGAUGGGUGGGGAUGUGUGGGGAUGGGUUUGGAUGGAUGGGGAUGGGUACAAAAAGGGCACUCUGUCUCUUUCCCCGUCAGAUGUUCACGAAGCAGCCGCAUAUGAAUCACAAGCACUCCUUCCCAUCCCUCUUCAUCCCUUCCCACUCUCUCUAAUCUCUGUUCAUUGCCGUGCCCCUCACAGGUACAAGAAGGGCGCCUUAUCCCUAUCCCUCUCAGACGCCCAUGCAGCAGCACCGUAUGACUCCCAAGCACAUGCUGCCACCUCCACCUCCUUCUCGCCCUCCACUCUCCCUGACAUUCCUUUUUCAUUCCUUCCCAUCCAUCCCUUCAGGUACAAGAAGGGAGCACUGCGAUUGGCCUCUUCAGACGCCCAUGAAGUAGCAGCAUAUGAUUCCCAGGCACAUGCUGCCAGCUCCACCUCCUUCACUCCCUCCACUCUCCCCGGCGCCCGCCUGCCACACCGCACGCUCACCCUGCUGCUGCCCUCUGCUGCUUCUGCAAGCGACCAUCAGUCAGGGCUUGAGUUCCAACCUGUAAGUACUCCUUCCCAAUGGCUUGUAUCCUGCUUUCACGCCUGCCACUCUUGCACAAUCCCUCCGUCAACCACGUCACCCUUCCUACCAGUCUCCAAACUCCUCCCCUCAUCCCUCUCUCCCCUCAUCCCUCUCUCCCCUCAUCCCUCUCUCCCCUCAUCCCUCUCUCCCCUCAUCCCUCUCUCCCCUCAUCCCUCUCUCCCCUCAUCCCUCUCUCCCCUCAUCCCUCUCGCCCAACCGCAAGGCCCUUCCCUUUCCUCCAUCGACCUCUCCCAUUCUGGCUCCAUCACUCCCACUCUCCUACUCCAUCUCUUCUUUGUUACUCACUUUGACCGUUCCUCUUUCUCUCUUAUCCCUCCUCCCAUCCCUCCCGACCUAGCACGGCCUUUCCCGCUCUUCCAUCAGCAUCUCCCCUCUCGACUCUCUCAACCCCACCCUCCUACCCUGUCCCCCCAUCUCUCCCCCCACCUUGCAGACAUGGCCCUUCCCCCUCCUCCAGCAAUCUCUUUCCCCUGGGCUCCAUCAACCCCACUUUCCUCCUCCCUCGCAAUUCCCUCUUAUACUCACUGUCGCUGUUCCAUUUACUCUCCUACCCCAUCACCCCAUCCCUCCCCACCUGGCAGGGCCCUGCUCUCUCCUCCAUCGACCUCUCCCCUCUCGGCUCCAUCACCCCCACUCUCCUCCUCCCUCUCGGGCCCCACACUCCCCUCUGGCUCGCCUCCUCUCUCCGCGCUCACUCCCUCACUCGCCUCCCCCUCCGCCUCGCCCUUCUCGCCCCCCACCCCUCCUCCUUCUCCCCUCUCCCUUCUCUCCUCGCCCCUCUCGCACCAACAUUGCGGUAUAGUGUGCAGGGGUGAAGCAACGGGCAUGGGAAGGGCCGCUAACACAGCAGGAGGGAAGGGAGAGUGGUUGGAGUGGCUGGCAGGGGUGGGGGAUUCGGGUGCUGUUCUUGUGAGGCCUGAUGGGCAUGUGGCAUGGCGAAUGAUGCACCCACCUGCUGCUGAAACUGGCAGUGGUGCUGAUGGGUUUGGCAGCAGUGGUAAUGGAACUGGCAGUGGUGCUGUUGGGAAUGGCACUGGUGCUGAUGGGAUUCGCAGUGGUGCUGAUGGGAUUGGCAGCGGUGCUGCCGAAUCUUGUGAUGGCGUGCUGUCACACGAGACCAUGUCAGAAGCUGCUGGUGCCAUAGCAGGAGCAUUGCGAUGUGUAUUUGGAUGGGAGGACUAG